AUGCUGUGGGAAUCUCUGGACAAGCAACAGGCAGUCUCUGUCCUAGCGCUUGGAAUCAGUACGGUGCUGGUCUAUCACCUCUUCUGUACAUACUGGCAACUGCAGCACAUCCCCGGCCCCCUCAUCGCCAAAUUCAGCGACUUCCAUCGCUUCAUCCUAGCGCGCCGUGGCCUCAUCCACCUGUACCAAGCCUGCGCUCACCAGCGAUUUGGUCCCGUUGUGCGUUUCGGUCCCAACCUAGUAUCCAUUUGUGACCCGGAGGCCAUCCACACAAUCUUCAACCUGCGGACCGGAUUUGCCAAGGCAUGUCAUUCCCAUCUCGGCCUAGAUGCCUCUCUCACUAGCAAAAUGUACCGCGCCUUCCGGCCAUGGACCACUGACGGCCUACUCCUCUCCGUCUUCACCGCCGAGGACGGCGCAGUAAAUCUACAGAUGAAGCAACACAUCUCCGUGUACUAUUCGCUCUCGUAUGCUGUAUCCUCGUUCGAGCCAAGAAUUGACAGUGCUAUACGAAUGUUCUUUGACCAGCUUGAUUGCCAGUUUUUGGCCACGGGAGCACGCUUUGACCUGACGAGUUGGCUUAAAUUUUUCUCCUACGAUAGCAUGGGCUUGAUGACAUUCUCCCGCGCGUAUGGGUACAUGCAGCAUGGGAGUGACCCAUACGGUAUCAUGGCGGAUGUCAAGAGGGCAAACCUGAUUAUUGGACCGAUGACGCAGAUACCGUGGCUCGAUUGGCUCUUACAUAAGAACCGACUAGCAAAUCUCAUCAAACGUGAAUCCAUUGCCCCUCUGCUGGAAUACGUUAUGGCGCGUAUCUCAGAGCGUCGGACCGAGAGUCAGAACAGUCAUAACAAACUCUGCAAUGCAAACGCCGACGGACCCUGUGCCGACGGCGAUUUCCUCGGGUAUUAUCUACAAGCCCAGGAGAAAAAGUCCGAAAGUGUACCCCUUCGAUUUGUGUCAACGUGGACCUUCGCCAAUAUUCUGGGAGGGGCCGAUUCCACGGCUGCCACGCUUCGAUCUGUGGUCUGUUUCCUCGUGGAACACCCUGAAGCACUGGAAACAGUACGAGCCGAGCUGCGGGAUAAGCAACGCACUACCACGGGGCUCUCUCUUCCCAUUCCUAAGUGGCACGAGCUGCAGAACCUCCCCUUCCUGGAUGCUUGUAUUAAAGAGUCACUCCGGCUUGAUCCUGCAUUCGCUAUGGGUCUCGAACGGGUGGUUCCUACAGGAGGAGCGACAAUCUGUGGUCAUUUCUUCCCUGGAGGUACCGUCGUAGCCAUGAGUCCCUAUAUCACUAAUCGCUAUCGGCCAACAUGGGGGGAUGAUGCGGACGUAUGGCGUCCCCGUCGCUGGUUGGAAGGCGAACCGUCGCAUAUUAGAAAACUUGAGGCCAGUUUGCUGAGUUUCGGGGCCGGGGCACGAGGUUGCCUGGGCCAGCACGUCGCCAUGUUUGAAAUCAAGAAGUUUGUAUCAGCCCUAUUCAUGAACUAUGAUAUUGAUCUUGUCGAGCCUCGAGCGAAGUUCAAUAAGUACUAUUGGGUCGCAAUACCAGAGAGUGUGCAGGCUACGGUCAGAAAACACGACAAGUUCAACAAAUAG